AUGGAAGAGAUCGCCAAAGAUCAUAUAAGUUGGUUUGAACAACACGAUACGGCAGAAAAGUUACUCGAAGCGAAAAAGCCAUACCAUUUCAGCAACAUCAAACGCGCCGAUAAUGGCAGGAACACCAAUAACGACACCAAGAGAACACAGUCUUUAACGGAUCGUCGCCGUGGCAGUAGUAGCAGCGAUGGAUCCAUGAGGACAGCCAGCGAAAUGAACGACGUUGACAAUCAGGAUACUGAUCGGGUCCAUUUAGUGCAGGCAUCGCGACACCAUAUCACUACCGCUGCCAACAACAAUAAUAAUAUGCGUAUGAGUAGCAGCUUCCACCGUAACUCGGUGACAACAACGGCAAGCAAAGAAAGCAAUGGAGAAUCGGAUAGUGAUGGCAUGGAUUCGGAUUUAUGUCCAACAAACAUACCUGAGUGGGCGACUAGUCCUGAAUUAAUGGAAAAGUUGAAGUUUCAGAAACCGACAGAUGGUGACAAGGUAUUUGGUGAAAUGGUUCCCAUGGAAAUUUCAGUCAUCUUUGGCAACACCGUCAAGAGCAAGCCAUGA